CCCGCUGGGCUGGACUCAACACAGCCGUCGCUAACCCCGCGGAACCAGGUGAGCGCAGCCUCCGAGGGGCGCAGGGCGCCGGAGCCAUGACCCUCCGCCGACUCAGGAAGCUGCAGCAGAAGGAGGAGGCCACGGCCGCGUCGGACCCGGCUGCCCGGGCUCCCGACUCGGAAGCGGCUCGUGCAUCUCCGGCCCCGACUCCCUCGGGCCCCCCAGCUGCCGCCGCUCCGUCCGGAGCCCCGGGGGACGAGUUGUACGCGGCGCUGGAGGACUACCACCCUGCGGAGCUGUACCGCGCGCUCGCCGUGUCCGGGGGCACCCUGCCCCGCCGAAAGGGCUCAGGAUUCCGUUGGAAGAAUCUCGGUCAGAGUCCCGAGCAACAUCGAAAGGUGCUGACUCUGGAGAAGACAGACAACCAGACCUUCGGCUUCGAGAUCCAGACGUAUGGCCUUCACCACCGAGAGGAGCAGCGCGUAGAGAUGGUGACCUUUGUCUGCCGAGUUCAUGAGUCCAGCCCUGCCCAACUAGCUGGGCUCACACCAGGGGACACUAUCGCCAGUGUCAAUGGGCUCAAUGUGGAAGGCAUCCGGCACCGGGAAAUUGUUGACAUCAUCAAGGCAUCUGGCAACGUUCUCAGACUGGAAACUCUGUAUGGGACAUCCAUUCGCAAAGCAGAACUGGAGGCGCGCCUGCAGUACCUUAAGCAAACCCUGUAUGAGAAGUGGGGGGAAUACAGAUCACUAAUGGUUCAGGAGCAGCGGCUAGUUCAUGGCCUGGUGGUGAAGGACCCAAGCAUCUAUGACACACUGGAGUCCGUGCGCUCCUGCCUCUACGGCGCUGGCCUGCUCCCUGGCUCACUGCCCUUUGGGCCUCUGCUUGCUGCGCCUGGGGCUUCCCGCGGGAGCGUGCGGCGGGCCAAGGGGGACACUGACGACGCCGUGUACCACACGUGCUUCUUCGGCGGCGCUGAGUCGCAGGCGCUGCUACCCCCGCCGCCCCCGGCGCGCACACCAGGCCCGGGCUCCGCCGAGGCCGCGGCGUCAGUGCUGUGUCCCGCACCCCGCGCCACGCUCAGCCGCAGCGCCAGUGUGCGGUGCGCGGGCCCGGGCGGGGGUGGCGGCGGGGGCGCGCCGGGCGCGCUCUGGACUGAGGCCCGCGAGCAGGCCCUGUGCGGCGCCGGCCUACGCAAGACCAAGUACCGCAGUUUCCGCCGGCGGCUGCUCAAGUUCAUUCCCGGACUCAACCGCUCCCUGGAGGAAGAGGAGAGCCAGCUGUAGGGGCGCGGGUGGGCACGCGGGAGGUAUUUAUUUAUUUAUUCAUCAUAACAGCCAGUGCAAAAAGUGCCGGUCCAAGGACCCCGGGAGCCCAAAGCUGCGGGAGAGGGUCCUUGCUAGCUAGCUCUGGCUGGUCUGGUUCAUGGCUUGUCUCUGAUGAGAAAAAAAGAGAGCCUGGUUGCUUUCUUUCGUCCCCUACACCACAGCAGGGUCUCUGCAGGGGGAGAAGAGACAGUGGGAGUUGGGAGAGUUCUGGGGAACCAAAGAGGGCUCUGCCAGCCUACAGUCUGGGUCAGUUGUGCCUUGUGGGGGCCCUGUCCCAAGAAGCCCUCUCCUUAGCUUUACUUUUCCCCCAACCCUUUUCCUGAGGAGAGAGGUCCAUGAUGGGUCAUUCUCCACCCUAUACAUACAGAUGGACAGACACAGACACACACACACACACACACACACACACACACACACGCACACACACACACCAAUGAACCAGUGGUUCCCAAGGGGGCAAGGUGCUGGUUCCCUCCCUCCAGCCUUGACCCCCUAAGGGCUUAAACCCCUCUCCAGGGACCUGUAACUAAGUGGGUCCUGCCAGGCAGGGGUCCUGGGUUCAGUGCCCCUUGCGGAACAAGAAUGAGAGUUGAGAGUUCCUUCAGGUGAGGUGGGGCAGCCUGGACUGUACCACCUUUUUUUUUUUUUUUUUUUUUUGCCUAUGUUGCUUCUGAACCACAAACUAUAAAAUUGAUGUUUUUUUUUUUUGCA